GGGCGGCCGGUUCGAGUCCCCCCGACGGCUGACCAUGGCUUCUCUGCUGGGGUCGUACGCCUGGUCGGAGCGGCUGGAUUGCUCCGCUCUGGAGCUGCCCGACAGCGCCGCGGGGGUGUCGCGACCCGAGAAGGGGAGCCCGGAGAGCCGCAUCCGACGGCCCAUGAACGCCUUCAUGGUUUGGGCUAAGGACGAGAGGAAGCGCCUGGCCGUCCAGAACCCGGACCUGCACAACGCCGAGCUGAGCAAGAUGCUAGGCAAGUCAUGGAAGGCUUUGACGCCUUCCCAAAAACGGCCGUAUGUAGAAGAAGCAGAGAGACUGAGGGUGCAGCACAUGCGAGACUACCCUAACUACAAGUACCGGCCCAGAAGGAAGAAACAGGUCAAGCGGAUCUGCAAGCGGGUGGAUCCAGGCUUCCUGCUAGGGAAUCUCUCCAGGGAUCAGGACCCCAUUGCAGAGAAGAGGAUGUGCAGCAGGAUAGCUGGAGAGAAGGACAUUCCGGCUGAAUACUCGGCUAGUUCAGUUCUGCCGAACCUGGGGAGAUACCGGGAGGCCCAGAACAACAAUGCUGGCACUCCUAUGGACACCUAUCCCUAUGGCUUGCCCACUCCACCAGAGAUGUCUCCUUUGGAUGUGAUAGACCCUGAGCAGAGCUUCUUUUCUUCCCCUUGCCCAGAAGAUGCUCAGCAUCCCCACAUGCCUGGGGGGCCUUACUCUCUGGAAUAUUCCAGCAGCUCUAUGCAGUGUAAUCACCCUCUCAGCCACAUGCCAGUCUCCCCAGCAGGCUCCUCCAUCCUCCCUGCUCCCCCCAACUGCCCGGCACCCUCCUCAGCCAGUUAUUACACUCCGGCCUUCCAUCCUGCCCUCCAGCCCUCCAACCUCCACCCCCACCUAGGUCAGCUCUCACCUCCUCCUGAGCACCAGAAUUUCGACAGCCUGGACCAGCUGAGCCAAGCAGAACUCCUCGAGGAGAUGGACCGCAAUGAGUUUGACCAGUAUCUCAAUGCUACCAGCCAUCCAGAGCCCAGUGGGCUGAUCAUCAAUGGACACAUCCAGGUGUCUCAAAGUGCAGGGGUCUCACACACAUCAGAGACCAGCCUCAUUUCCGUCCUAGCAGAUGCUACAGCUACUUACUACAAUAACUACAGCGUGUCAUAGGCCUGAGGGAAGGGGAUGUGCCCCGUGGACUGAACAAGGAAGGACUUUACAGUUUUAUUGGCCUGAGGGUGCCUCCCAACUCUCUACCCCCCUCACCUCAGGAUUGCCCAGACUGAAUUAAAAUAGCUUUGGAGUUUGUUAUCUACUAGGUAAUUACUCUAAUUUAUCACACACAAACAUCAUCAUCCUAAAUAAUCAAUUAUCUGACUUCAAAACAGUGUUUCUUUCUCACUUCAAAGAAGCAGAGGUUCAAGUCUUUAUGAUGGACAGAGUGUCUAAGCAGAUUAGAUGAAAAAAUCCUCACUCUUUGUCCCUGAGGCAAAUUGAGGCGGCACAGAUCUGCAAUUCGCAUUUUAUUGUGUAGUCAUUGGAAUGUCAGACUAGGAUCUGGGAGACCCUUAUUCAAAUUCCCGCUCUGUCAGGGAAGCUUGCUGGGUGAUGUUAGUCAGUCACACACUCUCAGCCUAACCUAACUCACAGGAUUGUUGUCAAUAUAAAAUGGAGGAGAGGAGAACGGUGUAAGCUGCUUUGAGUCCCCAUUAAGGAGAAAGAUGGGGUAUAAAUGGAGUAAAUGAAUCUGAUACUGUGCUGCUGAAAUCAUUGGGGCAUUAAAGGGGUGCCCACAACCCAUGUCAAUAAUAUUUGAUGCAGUAACACUUGAUGUUCCCUUCCAGGUGAUGUGUGGUUAUAUAUUCCAGUCUUGGAAAUGUGCUUCUGUUUAAUGUUCUUUGUAUUCAGGCCCCUGGAUAUCUGUGGGGAAUCUUACAGGGAAGCAAGGGUGAGACAGCUUUCACAAGUGACUCUAAAAACUCAUCUUGAAGAAGUUGAUGACAAAUUACCUGGGGAAUCUAUGCUUGGAUCUCACAACAAAUUUUUAACCUUUGAAAGCAGAGACAGGGUGGGCAAUUUGGAGCAGACUAGACAAGUUAACACUUUUCCUGUAUUCACACUAGAAUCCUCCCCCAUCUGUACCUAGCCUUAGAAGGAAAAAAAGGCAGGAGGAAGUCUACCACCACCCCAGCUGUACUGGGACUAAGAGUAUGUCUGUGAGACCAGGGUGGAUCUCUCUUCUGAAAGCAAUCUCAUUGCUUGAUGCAUUUUUCCUUAUCAUGGUGAAAUUCAUGUGGAUACUUAGGCCAUUUUUGCAUUAAUCUGCUGACAUUGCUUUCAUUUGAGUUCAGAGCAUGUGGAUACUUAGGCCAUUUUUGCAUUAAUCUGCUGACAUUGCUUUCAUUUGAGUUCAGAGCAUGUUCAAAGUUCAGCUUUAAACCCUCAGCAGAAAUCUAUGCUGGCAUAUGUUUGUACAAAUCUUCAUAAGAAGAACUGCUGGAUUAGACCAUCUAACCCAGAAUUUUGUUUCCAACAGUGGCCAGCCAGACACCCCUGGGAAACACACAAAGGCAACAGCACUCCAUCAUUGGUUUUCCCCAGUACAGCAAAUGGCAUUAAGAUGUAUACUAGCUCUUUACAAAAGUAACAGUGAAUGCAUGUACAAUCCUUGUAUAGUAUACAUUGGAUUUUUUAAAAAAAUGCGUGCAUUGGGUAAUUCUCAUGUUACAUUCAACAGCUGACUGUGUGCUCCCAGCCCCACAUUUAUUCAAAUUUAUCCCAUGUUUCAUUUGCAAAGUGUACACGUAUUGGGUCCUUUUUAUAAACAGGUGUACACACAUAUAUACACAUUGUAUGUGUGUUCACUGUAACAUCUCAACCGGGCUACUGUGUACAUUCAGACCAGACUCUGAACAUGGGGGCAGUAUGUUAAUAACUAUCUCAGCAAAUAACUGUUGGAUAGAUCCAUUCCACCAUCACCCCCAUUAACCUGAAUCAUCCCCUUUUUAUGCCAUCUAUGCGAAUGGCCAUCACUGUAUCUUGUGCCAAUGAGUUCCAUAAGAUAACUGUGUGAAGUACUUUCUUUGAUCUGCUUCGAAUAUGUUGCCAGUCAAUUGUAAUGAGUGACCUUGAGGGAUCCUAGUGUCUUCCUCUGGCUACCUUUUCCACAUAACGUACAAUUUUCCAAACUUCUUCCAUGUCCUCUCCUUAUACACCUCAGUUCUAAACUGCAUCAAAUGUUCAAAAAGGAGCUACCGUAAUGGAAAGCAACUCUCACAGAGCUUGAGUUACCCCUGCAUGUGCAAAGGGAGGGAGUGGUGCCUUCUUUAAAGUCUUCAUUAUGAAAAAGGAUCUUAUACCACCGCUACCUGUAAGAUUUCAGUCAAGUAUUUAAAUUUGAAUUUGAGACAUGCUCUGAACUAGUCAGAAACAAUGUGGUUGUUAGCCAACACUCUGCCCCAAGAAGGAUUUCCUUCUAUUAGAGUUAAAGUAUUCUGGAUAGAUGCCUCAAACAAACCUGCAAUGCCCAUCCUUCCUAGCCCGGACUUGCCACUGUUGAACAGAAAAGUAUCCUCCUAGCCUUCUCUUCAGUGUAGCCACUUGCUCCAGUAGUUAUAGCAAACAAUUCAAGCUUUUCAUCUUUUGCACUUCCCUAAGAAUAGCUGUCAACCUGACCCCUCUUUCCAUCUGUCUCUCUGGCAGAUAUUAAUUAAAUUGCAUAGUAUGCCCGAACAUGAACUAACCUGGGGUUAGAUAUUCCUCCUCCACUGGCUACCAUGCUUUAGAAAACUAAAGAAGGGGGUUGUGGAUCAGGCACAGGCUCAACAUCCAGAAGGUUCCUUGUUCUACCCCUGCUAAAGGCUCUCUGGCAGCAGAUUCUGGAAAAGACCUUUCUAUGCCUCAGAUUCUGGAGAGCCACAGCCAGUCAAAGAGAAAUGGGAGUGAGUUGGACCAAUGUUCUGAUUGGGUUCAAGGCAGCUUGAUGCAUUCAUGCACACAUGGGCAUGCAUUCACUGUAUCCCAAAGAACUGGGUUGUCAGACCUGAUUUGUCCACUCGCUGUGCGAGAAGCUUCUAAGUUUCCACAUUCCUGAAAUUCAGCUUGCAGCACUCUCAUUUUCUUUCUGGGUCUUGUCACACGUGAAACUGCCUUAUACUGAGUUGGACCAUUGGUCUAGCGAGGUCAGCUGUCAGUUCUGAUUGGCAGCAGCUCUUCAGGAUCUCAGGUGGUCUUUCACAUCUUCUACUGCUGGAACCUGGUAACUGGAGAUGCCAGUGUGGUAUAGUGGUUAAAGUGUCAGACUGGUUUCUGGGAGACCCAGGUGCAAAUCUCACGGAAGCUUGCUGGAGGACUUUUGGCCAGUCACACACUCUCAGCCUAACCUACCUCGCAGGGUUUUUGUUUUAAGGAUAAAAUGGAGGAAAGAAGAAUGAUGUAUGCCACUUUGGGUCCCCACUGGGGAGAAAGGUGGGGUAUAAAUGAAUAAAUAAGUGCAAAAGAUUGAACCUGAGACUUUCUGCAUGCCAAGCAGAUGCUCUGCCUCUGAGCCAUGCAUUCACAAUGUACACAUUAUAUAGUAAUAGCCUUUGUGGUACUGUAGAUUCAGCAAGAGAUCUGUGGCCAAGUGCUGCUUCCUGAAGAGCAUACUUGUAUGAUGGACACAUUCACAGAUCGAUCCAGUUAGCCGUGUUAGUCUGUAGUUGUAAAAUAGUAAAGAGCAAAAUAGUAAAUUUUACAUCCAUACAUUGAAUUUUUGAGGAGUUUUAAGAUACAAGGUGAUUUGCGUAUACACUGAAAUACGGAAUGUGUGCAGCAAGUUACAUCAUUCCGUCACAGGCAGAUUAGUGGCUUGUGCAUCUUUCAGGAAGCUGCUGCUCGAAAGAUCUUCUUGUCUGGAGAGAUAAGAUCUUAUUUGGUGAUCUAGAGAAUAUGAUUCCUUGACUACUAGCGCUGCUGCAACCCUACUAGCCUUAGUGGGAUUACAUCAGUGUAAACUAUUUAUUCCUCAGUCGUAGAAUAGGCUGUACAAGUAAUUGUGUUCUUAGGGUGGGAUAUAUCAACCCCUAUUGCAACCCAGUGCAACCAGAAAUGUUACACCAGGUUGGCAGGAAGGGGUAUAUCACUGCAAAAAAAAUCAAGAACGUGGUUACUUAGAGAUUCACUGCUAGCAAAAGAGGUGCUGGGGCUUAAGUCUGCUAAGAACAAAGUAUGUCUUUUGGAGCAGGAUGCCUUAUUCCUAAACUCUGAUAUACACAGGCUGCCUGGGGGUUGUUCAUCAUGGUGAGAACAUUGCAUAGGCUCAGAGAGAUUCUUUUCAUAUUUUCAUCAUCCCAAAUGUUCCUAAGUUGAGACUUGACAUCAGUGAAGUUCUGGGUUGUGUAAACUAAAUUUCUUUCCUCCCUCCCUCCCUCCCUCCCUCCCUCAUUACUGGAGCAAAGUUCGGGGAAAUCUCUGUUGACAGGCUUUGAUAACACCAGCCCUCCAGUUGUAUCUUUGAAGGCAGACACUUUAAUGUUUAGAGAGAAAACUGCAACUUUUGUCAGAAAGGACCACUGUACAUACAUUUCACAAUAUUUCCCCCCUUGCAUUUUGUAUUGCUUGAAUUUUCUUGUAUUGACAGAACUCUUUUUAAUCAGUUAUUUAAGAGUUAAUCUUAAUGUAAAGGUUAGUUAGCUGGUUUAUAUCAUGCUGGUUUGUUUUUGUUUUCUAAUUUUGUUCAUGAAAUGUGGUUAAUUGCCAAAUAAUUGCUUUUAUAUAUAUUAAAAAAAUAAAAGAAUCCAACCUCUCAAA